AUGGCUUCCACAAACCCACAAUCUGCUGCGGAAUACCUGGAAGACCAAAGUGACGAUCUCGAAGAGGACACCGAAUCGCUUGCCUCUCUAGAAACCGACGACGGCCAGGAUCAUCCUCCUGAGAAGGUUCUUGCGCAGUUUACAUCCAAGACAGGCUUCAUCUGGUACCUCGUCAAGUGGCAGGAUUGCCCAUUAUUGAGAUCUAGCUGGGAGGGGAAAGAGUUAUUCGACGAUUGUCCCUGCAUUCUGGAUUCCUGGCAAAUUGAGCUACAAAACCAGGCCGAAGGUAAAUCGAAACCGCUGGACAUACACGCUUUCAAUCAAGCUGUACUUGAUGUGGAGUUGGCUGAGAGGCAGCGGCGCAUAUUACGAAGACUGAAGCGCAAAGUCAAUCGUGUCCUCUCUAUCGUGACUGAUUGA